AAAAGUCUUUUCACAACUCGUAUGGUUUUUAAGUUACUCGUUCGCUUCGCUCACUCGUACUCAAACGAACCAUACUCGUUUGGUAAAACUUCACUUUUCUAUACUUGGCACGUAAUGUACUAUUUUUCUUUAGUAUAUGGAGUAUACCCAACCUCAAACACUAUCUGAACUUUCUGUGAAUUUUUUAGUGUUGCAUAGUGUUAUUAGUUUGGUUAAUCGUCACUGUCGAACAAUUAGGAGUGACCGUGUUUUCUUAUCAAAGUUAUUAAAAUAUUUACAUACGUUAUGCCAUCCCAUGAACUGAUUAGUCUAGUGGUCAUAAGCAGUGUCAUAAGUAACUCAUUAAGAAUGUCCUUACGAUCCUUACGAGGGCCCCAUCUAAUUUACUUACAUAUCUAAUCAAGACAAAAGAAAAAGAUUUGGAAGCUCAAGAUGUGGCGAAAAUUAACAACAAUAGUAUCAAAAAAUUUAAUCAUCAGAAAACGACACUGGAUUUUAACUCUAUGUGAAGUUGUGGUCCCGAUCAUGUUAUUCGCUUUAGUGGCCAUUGCUAGAUCAAAAGUUAAUGGAAUGAAUAAAAUACAUAUCGAAAAACCUACAUUUCAUGACCCCAUGGAUACAUACGACAUAUACCUACUCACUUAGAUGCUGGGGAAAUAAACUUUUGGUACGCACCAGGCACGAAUUUUACAAGAACAAUAAUAAAUAAAAUUCAAAGGAAAAUUAAAAUACCAGGAGAUCGUGUAAAAGAAUUUGCCUCUAACAGUGAACUGUUACUAGAGUUUGAUGGAAAAAAUACUACAACCAUGAUAACCGCUAUUAAUUUUAAUGUCGAUGAUCCACAUCAUUUGAAUUAUGACCUAACUCUGUAUACUAAAUAUUUUAAAUGGAACACUGAUAAAUUAUUUAUACCUUAGUUCAGUUCAGAAAAAGAAAGAGUCAAUCAUUAUAUAUAUAAAGGUUUUGCUGCGUUACAAAUAGCCAUAGAUACAUCUUUCAUGGAAUUACAUUUACAUAAUCAAGGAGCGGAACAUAAAACGAUUGAUUUUUCUUUACAAAGAUUUCCAGAUCCACCUCGCACAAUUGAUUCCGGAGUCAAUAAAUUAUUUGUCUACUUUUUACCAAUUAUAACUAUUAUGAGUUUCAUAUGUUUAUUUCCGUCAGUAUUACAACGAGUUGGAGAAGAAAAAUUUUCAGGAACUAAAGAAUAUAUGAAAAUGACUGGUUUGAAUUCAUCUUUAAUCUGGUUGGGAUGGUUUAUACACGCUCUGAUGACCACUAUAUUCACCAUUAUAAUAAUUGUGGUAAUGAUGAAAGUGCCACUGUGGGGAGUCUCAUAUUCAUUGAUCGAACAUUCAGAGUGCACAGUUUUGUUUACACUCUUGUUCUUGUACUGUAUGGCAACUAUAACCUUCUGCUUUUUGAUUGCCUGUAUUAUUGACACACCUUCCAUUGCAACAAUAGUCGGAAUGUUAUUUUGGAUUCUAUCAUACUUUAUCCCACAAUCAUUUUUGAGUUUCCAUGAAGUUUUACAGUGGAAAUAUAAAAUCACUUUUGCUAUUUUCCCUAAUAUGGCACUUUAUUAUGGUUACUCUUCUAUAUUCGUAUAUGAAAUGACAGAGGUUGGCAUUCAGUGGAGCAAUAUUUUCCAGCCAGGAAGUGGAGCCGAUAACGAUGUAACGAUGGGAAACGUUUUCAUAAUGCUGAUAUGUGACAUAGUGUUAUUCAUGACGCUCACACUUUACAUAGAAAAUGUUAAACCAGGACAGUACAUAAUUUCAAAAUCAUAUUAUUUCCCGUUAACCAGCUUUGUGACUUUUGUAAAAAAAAGUAUUGGGCAAUUGAAGCGAGGAAAUCGGGUUCAAAACGCAUCGGCAGGGAAAUUAUUGCAAGAAUUUGAAAAGGGAUCAACACAAACACCGUGUAUUCAAAUUAUCAAUCUUCAGAAGAAAUACUCCCAUUGUGUGGUCGUGGAUGAUUUAACAAUGGAUAUUUACAAAAAUCGCAUCACAGCAUUAUUAGGUCAAAAUGGUGCUGGAAAAACCACCACAAUGUCUAUUCUAACAGGAAUGAUCAACGCAACAAAUGGUGUUGUGUUAAUUAAUGACAAAAACAUUCAGACACACUCAGAUGACGUUAGGCACCUAAUGGGUCUUUGUCCACAACACAAUCUACUGUUCCCAGAUUUAACUGUUGAAGAACAUCUAAGGUUUUUUGCAAAAUUGAAAGGUUCCAAUGAUAGCAAUGAAGAUGUCAUAAAGAUGUUACUAGAGCUUGGAAUUUACGAACAAGCAAAUACAAUGGUAACCUCCUUAUCUGGUGGAAUGAAACGAAAGCUCUGUCUUGGAAUGGCUUUAAUUGGGAAUCCAGAGAUUUUGAUUUUGGAUGAACCAACAUCUGGAAUGGAUCCAGAAUCUCGUCGAAAAAUUUGGAAUUUGCUGCUGGAGUACAGAAAAACUAAAACCAUCUUGAUAACUACACACUUUAUGGAAGAAGCUGACGUACUUGGAGACAGGAUAGCCAUCAUGGUAGACGGCCGAUUGCAAUGUUAUGACACACCAUCAAACCUGAAGACGAAGUACAAUACUGGUUAUCGCUUAAAUUUAUUACUUGAUUCAAAUGCUGAUAAAAUUGAAAUAGAGAAAACCGUCAAAGCGCAUUUUCCAGGUGUUCAGAAGAUUCGGCAGAGUGAAGACUCUGUCGUCUAUCUAUUGCCACUUAAGCAAGGAGAAUUUGCAGGAGGGAUUAGUGCUUUAGAAAAGAAUCAAAAUACUUUAAGAAUUCAAAGCAUCAGUAUGGAUUUAACAACUAUUAAUGAUGUGUUCUUAAAGGUUGGUACUAACCAAGAUGGCAUUGAUGGCGAAAUUAAAAAAGCAGUAGAAACUUUAUCGGAAAAUGGUUGGCAAGCAAAUUUGCAUGGUAGACCCCGCACUGUAAAUCAACUUUUAGCACUAAUAAAAAAACGUUAUUACUUCCUUAAGAAAAAGUAUCUCAAUGUGAUUCCAUUAUUUUUUGUUUCUAUCUGCAUUUUUUUAUUGGCCAUAUGGUUAUCAAACUCAGACAGUUAUGAUGGUGGUGGUCCAUCAAUUAACUAUUCCUUGCAAGUAUAUGGAAAGCCCAAAGUGUACUAUGGUGGUGAAAAGUCUUCAGAUCCUGUUAUCAAUAACUUGAGAGAUCACUAUAAAAAAUUUAUAACCGAUGAAAACGGAGAAGCCGUAUACAGUAAGAAUAUUUCCUAUGACAUAAUAAAAGAAGGUGUCAAAAACAUAGCCUUUUACAAGAAGCACAUGAUCGCAGCGGUUGAAUUCAACCGUACUUCAGAUGGAAAGAGAGUCAUAGUAAAUGCCAUGUAUUCAUCCGAAUCACUGCAUGGAGUACCAAUUUCGAUCAAUCUUGCAACGAAUGCAAUUGCUAAGGCAUGGCUCGGUAGUAAUUUUUCCAUUAAUACUCAUAAUACGCCCCUGAAACCACUGUGCUCUCAAGAUGCACCUUUUGAAUUGUCCGAGAAAAACGUUGCAGGUGUCUGGUUAACCUUGAUUCCUAUAAGCAUACUUUUCUUAAUGUGUAAUUUUAUCGUAUUUCCUUAUACCGAAGUAUCAACACAUUUCAUGCAAAUCCAAAUUACUGCAGGAAUUAGAACAUAUUUCUACUGGCUAACAAAUGUUGUCUUUGACGUAGUAUUUUCACUGGUUCCCAUGAUGAUGCUGUUUUCAAUUCUGUUAUUAGUAAAUCAGCUUGUCUAUAAUUGGCGUGCUUUCAAUACAGCAGACAUUUAUGUAAGUAUUAAGUGCCAAAUAUGGUUUAAAUUUUGGGCAAUGUUUGUGAUAUAUGAAACUUACAUAAUAACAGCCUUGCCAUUUACCUAUCUAUUUAGUUUCCGAAAAACUACAACAGGAGCUUUUGCCCUUCUUCUUAUGUUGGGUAUGUUUUUCGGCCUUGUUCCAUCAUCAAUCAUCGCUGCAGUGGAAUUUUGGAAAGAAGAGAACUAUAUUAAAAUUGCAAACUGCUUAAAACCGGUGUUAAUAGCAACAAACCCCCAAUUUGCUCUAAGUUAUAUAAACUUCAAGUUUGCGAAGAAAUAUGUUGAAAAUUUCAACUGGAAAUACAUGGACCCAAAUAAACGCAAUCAUAUUUGUAACACCAAUCAUAAUCCCUGUUGCAGUGGAGAAACAACGGAAUGUCACACGUACCAAAAUUAUUUUCCAAAUGAACAACUGGGAAUUGGAAACGAUCUUGCGUUAAUGUUUGUGGCAUUUGGACUAUAUUUUGCACUCUUAAUUUUCAUCAAUAGUGAACUUUACAAAAAAAUUGUGCACGUCUUGAAAUAUCCACACUCGUUUAAAAUAUUUAAUAACCGACAUAAAAAUAGUGAAAGCGAAGAAGAUUUCAUCGAAGAUGCAUCUCUUCAAGUUAAAAACUUAACUAAAACAUUUGGAGCCAAAAACGUGGUGAAAAAGUUAAAAUUUCAUUUAAAAAAUAAUAAAUGCUUUGGAUUACUUGGUGUCAACGGUGCUGGAAAGUCUACCACAAUGCGCAUGUUAACGAAGAAUUUGUUUUUCGAUGAUGGUAGUAUUAUUUUAAAAUCAAAAAAAGAAGCAAAGCAAUUAACAAUAAACCAAUCACAGUACCUACUCUCAAGAAAUAGGGUAUUGCCCUCAAGAAAAUUGUUUGAAUUACUAUUUAACUGGACGAGAAUUAAUACGUGUUAUGGCAUACUUAAGAGGUUAUGUUUAAAUCAAUACGCUGGUCACCCAUGUUCUGAGUACAGUGGAGGAAAUAAAAGAAAACUAAACUCCUGUAUGGCAUUUUUAGGAUCUCCUAAAGUCAUUUGCCUCGAUGAACCCACAACUGGUGUUGAUCCAGCAAGUCGAAGGAAAUUUUGGCGUAUAUUGUCCUUAUUCAAGCAGAUGAAAUUAUCAUCUUUUUUGCUUUGUUCUCAUAGCAUGGAAGAAUGUGAAAAUUUGUGUGAUGAAAUGGCAAUUAUGAAAAGUGGUGAAAUUAAAGAUCAAGGGAAUCUUUUGUGUCUGAAAAAUAAAUACCGAAAAGGAUUUAAAAUUGCUGUGACACUUAACAGUGAAACAAGCAACUCAGAAGAAAUAAAAAAGCACAUAUCAGAAAAGUUAAACGCUCAACUAAAAGAAGAAUACGCUAAUACAUUAACUUACGAAGUCCUGCAUGAUAACCAAAGGUUGAGUGGAUUGUUUUCGAACUUAGAGAAGAUGAAGGAAAUCUAUAAAGAACAAGUGGUGAAUUAUGAAGUGAAUGCAAUUUCAUUAGAAGAUAUAUUCUUAACCAUUGCUGAAACUGAAACAACCCCUAUACUCUAGCUAAAACUAGUGGUAGCUUAUAGUAAAUAAAUACCAAUCUAUUUUGUAUACAGGGUGCCGCAUCCAAGUCUGGAUAUAGGGAAUUAACAUGCGAA